AUGUCUUCGCCAUUCAUCGCUCUUAUGGCCACAGGCAUAUUGUAUGCCGGUAUUGGACAUGCGGGGAAUGCAACUUGUAAAUGCAUGCCAAAUGACGCCUGCUGGCCCAGCCCAGCUAUAUGGUCCACAUUAAACGACACACUCUCAGGAAAACUCAUCCAGAACAUACCCGUGGCAGCACCAUGCUAUCCAGGUCCAUACUCAAACCCGACAGAAUGUGCCAUUGUGCAAGAAAACUGGAUGAAUACAUCGUUCCUGUCUGAAUAUUCCAUCGGGUAUUCAUAUCCGUUUACGCAAUCGUGCGAUAUUGCACCAGGAAACACCACCAAUUGCGAACUGGGAGAUUCGCCGGUAUAUGCUGUCAAUGCAAGUACGCCCGAGGACGCUGUUGCUGGUGUGAAUUUUGCGAGGGAGUGGAAUUUGAGAUUGGUUGUCAAGACCACUGGUCAUGAUAUGUUGGGUCGUUCGACUGGGUAUGGGAGUUUGGAGAUUUGGUUGAGGUAUCUGAGGCAGGGCAUUUCCUUUGAAGAAGUGUACUCCGAGACAUUGCUAUAUGGACAGAAUGAGCCAGCUGCAUGGAAUGGUAGCGCAAUUGAAGUUGGUGCUGGUUACGACUGGGGUGAUGUGAAUGCGGUAGCUGCUGCUAACGGUGUUAUUGUUGUUGGUGGUGGAUGUCCAAGUGUUGGCGUCUUGGGUGGCUUCACUCAAGGCGGCGGCCAUUCUCGCGCAACUCACGACUUUGGACUGGCAGCAGAUCAACUUCUCGAAGCUCAGGUCGUUCUGACCAACGGCGAGCAAGUACUCGCCAAUCGCAGGUCAAAUGUUGAUCUCUUUCGAGCACUAAGGGGAGGUGGAGGAGGAACCUAUGGAAUUGUCACUACUGCAAAGAUCAAAGCGUAUCCUGAUGCUGCAUACACUGCGCAGUCAUUUUAUAUGGCCCCUUUGAGCACAUCCCAUGACGACUUGGUAGUCUUCAUGGAGGUGAUUGCUAUAUUAUAUGAAGCAUUUCCUGCACUUGCUGAUGACGGUUUGAGUGGUUAUGGAGCUUGGAGUGCGUAUAACGUGGGUGAAAGCAUCAACGCCUCUAUGACUUAUAUCUUCGCUGCAAGAGAAAAGACUGUCGCGGAGAUUGAAGCUAUGUUUGCACCAAUUCUAGAGAAGCUUUUGCUGUACAACGGCACAAAUAUAGAGCUUGUCGUGUCGUACAUGGCCUAUGAUGGAUACUGGGAUUACUACUAUGGGCUUGGUGGAGGUACCUGUAGUGCUGCCACCACGAACUCGGCUCUUGUCUCGCGGCUAUUCACAAAGGUUAACCUUUCUAAUGACGGGGAAAAAUUGCGCAAAAUGUUGAAUAAUACAGUCGGCACACCGUCUGAGGGAGUGGUUAAUGGCUUUGCUCUCUUGGGAGGAGGACCGGUAUCCGUAUCAGACACAUUUUCUGGGGUCAAUCCAGCUUGGCGGAAGAGCUACAUGCAUAAUUACUGCACCAGAGGAUGGUCAGAUGAUGCCGAGUAUGAGACUGUUAUGUCUAUUCAUCAUGACCUCACAUAUUCCAAGGGAGGUGCACUUCGAGAAUUUGCUCCUGAUACGGGUGCAUAUAUGAACGAAGCCGAUUGGCAGGAUCCAUGGUAUUUACAGGAUUUCUAUGGCGAAAAUUUGCCCGUGCUCACUGCAGCAAAGAUCAAGUUUGACCCGGACGAGGUCCUCUAUUGCCCGACAUGCGUUGGUUCUGAGAGAUGGACGUCAAAGGUGACCGGAGCUCUUUGUAGAGCGCCUUAA